AUGUCUGAAGAAAAGGCUCAGCAGGAUACCUUUGAGAGGGUGACGGAGCAAAGAAGUCCUAUCACUGGCGACAGAAUGGCUCUUGUCACAGAAGCUGAGGAGAAGGCCGUUAUGCGCAAGCUUGAUUUACAUAUUCUGCCUCUUUUGUUCCUGGUCUACACCUUCUCCAACCUGGAUCGCAGUAACUUGGGCAAUGCUCGUCUUGCAGGACUGACAGAUUCUGUGAACUUGGAGGGCAAACGCUACGACUGGCUUGGAACGGCUUUCUAUAUCGCGUACAUUUGCUCUCAGUGGACGGCCGUUGGCUUGAAGCGAUUCCCUCCACAUAAAUGGGUUUUCUUCUCUGCUAUAGGUUUUUCGACCAUAUCGGCUUGUCAAGCCGCCGUCACCAAUUACGCCAGUCUGGUCGUCCUGCGUGUGCUGCUCGGUUGUUUCGAAGGCAUGUUUUCCGGUGUGCCUCUAUAUCUGUCCUUCUUCUACCCGAGAGACAAAGUUGGCUUCCGCCAGGGCAUCUUCCUCUCUGGAUCUGCCCUUGCAAACGCAUAUGGAGGCGUUUUGGGAUAUGCUAUUCUGGGUAUUCGGGGCUCGGUUGCGCCAUGGCGAUGCCUGUUCCUCAUUGAAGGGUUACCAGUAUGGAUCGUUGCCAUCCUGGCAUGGUUUUAUCUGCCGGAUGACCUUCUCAGCGCCAAAUUUCUCACCGAUAGAGAGAAAGAAGUUGCCUGGCAAUGUGUUGGACGGGGACAGACUGUCGACUCACGGGGCGCGAGAAGGGUUAGCUGGGCAGAAUGGCGUUCAGCAUUCUUGGACUGGCGGAGUUAUGUGCCAGGCUUGAUGUACUUCUCGUGCAACGUAUGCUUCGGCUCGCUGCCUCUCUUCAUCCCAACCAUCAUCUCCGAAAUGGGCACAUUCAACCACCAGGAAAGCAAUGGACUGUCGGCUCCCCCUUACGCUCUCUGCUUUGUCACAAUUCUAGCAUGUGCUUUUGCCAGCGACCGCGCGAAGCUGCGUGGACCCUUUGUGGCCGCUGCUGCGAUUGUAUCAACGGUAGGAUACUGUCUUCUUGGUGUUUCCGAGGGGGUUGCUGCUCGCUACGCGGGAGUCUUCCUCAGUGUACAGAUCUUUGUCAGUAUCAGCAUUCUUCUUCCAUGGGUUUCGAGCGUUCACGACACUGAGAGCAAGCGCGCUGGUGGGUGGGCAAUAUUCGCUACGCUGGGCCAGUUCGGGCCCUUGGUUGGCACCAACAUAUUCCCCAAAGACCAGGGACCGUACUAUCACAAGGGUGCUUGGAUCUCCUGUGGGUUUACCUCGUUGGUCGUGCUACUUAGCAUAACCUACUCACUCUUACUUUGCUGGGAGAAUAAGCGACUGGACAGAGUAAUGGUUGAAAGUGCCGGUGUAGGAGUGGAAGGCGAUGAUCGUCCAAGGGGGUUCCGGUAUGUUGUUUGA